AUGUCUAUAGACGAAAACAAAACAAAUGCUGCUUUCCUAGAGACUGUUGAUCAGGAGCAUCAGAGUGUAGUGAGUAGGGUGGCCAAUCUGCCACUGGUCAGCUCUACCUAUGACAAGGUUUCUACUACUUACACUGCCACUAAAGAAGACCAUUCACUCAUCAAGUCAGUCUGUGGUGUUGCAGAGAUGGGAGCAAAGACAAUUGCUACUGCUGCAGUUGAUGGUGUACAACCAAUUCUGACCACGCUUGAACCUCAGAUUGCAGCAGUAAACGAAUAUGCCUGCAAAGGACUGAACAAGCUGGAGGAGAAACUGCCAAUCCUUCAACAGCCAGCUGAUAAGGUGAUCUCAAACACCAAGGAGCUAGUAUCUUCCACAGUAACAGGCACCAAGGAUGCAGUUGUCAGUGCUGUCACAGAAGCAAAGGAUGUAGUAACUGGAAUGAUGGGCAAGACAAAAGAGACUGUGCAGGGUAGUAUGGAUGCCACCAGAUCUGUAAUGACUAGCAGCAUGAGUGCUGUCAUGGAAUCCAGUGUGGGGCAGAAGGUUGUGAGCAGCAUUGACACAUUGCUGGGGAAAUCAGAGGAACUGGUGGACUUCUACCUCCCAAUAACAGAUGAAGAAUUAGUUAAGCUUGCAACAUCUCUGGAGGGGUUUGAAGUGGCCUCAGUAGAGCAGCAGAGACAGCCAAAGAGUUACUAUGUACGUUUGGGUUCCCUUUCAACCAAACUCCGCCAACGGGCCUACCAGCACUCCCUGGGCAAGGUGAAACAAGUUGGACAAAGUACAAAGGAGGCCCUCUUCCAGCUUCAGCAAACCAUUGAUCUGAUUGACUAUGCUAAAGAGGCUGUGGGUCUGAAGCUUCAUGAUGGCCAAGAGAAGCUGAAUCAAAUGUGGCAGGAGUGGAGCAGGAGGGAGAUAGGAGCAAAUGAGGACAAAGACUCUGCAAAGCCAGAGCUGAUUGAGUCUCAGACACUGGCUGUUUCACGUAGCAUCAUCCAUCACUUGCAGGCCAUCUGUCUCACCCUAGUAUCCAGCAUCCAGGGCCUCCCAGCCAAUAUGCAGGACCAGGUCCAGCAGAUCCUAAGCGGCCUAGAAGACCUCCAUGCUUCCUUCUCUACUGCUGCUUCCUUCCAGGAUCUCUCCAGCAGUGUCCUCUCCCAGAGCAGAGAGAAGGUGACCAAAGCACAGGAGUCUCUGAAUGAGCUUCUGGAGUAUGUGGUGCACAACAUUCCCCUCACAUGGAUUGUGGGACCCUUUGCUCCAUCUGGAGACUCUGCAGUGGAUGAUAAAGUGGAGAAGGACUAG